AGACGAUUAGGACAUUGCUUAUGUUUCCGACUCCUUGAAGCAAUUACGGACUUCAAAAAAAUAAACUAGUUCUUUUUCUUUCACAAUUUCUUGGUUUGCGAUUGUUGCAGCUGUUGCAAACGUGAAACCGUUAUAACCAUGGUAACCUCUUGAUCGCUGAACUGGAAAGAUGGAUCAGUCAAGUCCGACACCAACGGAUAGCGAUUCGGAAAUUCUACCGUCAUCAUGUUCGCCAGAUUCCCUCGCGACGUCAUUUUGGAUGAGUCCCUACACCGACUCAUUCACGAACGUCGCGUAUGACCCGAGUUGGAUACAGCAACAGCAGCGGCAGCAACAACAACAACAACGUGGCUUUAGCUAUGACGAUAUGAUGCUCGAUGUGUUCAGCACCGACAUCAGCUCGAUGGAGAUGGAUUGGCUGUCAACGCGCUCAGAACCAGCCCCAUGCACGGAAGUCGUAGAGCAGCUUCGCCCCAAGAUGGAGAAACGGACCCCGGCAUUUUCAGAAAUGCAGAUCAAAUUCUCUACCGGGCGCAGGUCUUAUGUCGCAUCUCAGUCGGGGGAAGCUUGGGAGUCGCGGAAAACCGAGUUACACCGGUUGUACAUCCACGAGGAUAGAACACUAAAGGAUGUCAUGAAUACACUGGAACUCAAAGGCUUCAAAGCUAGCGCAAAGAUGUACAAGACUAGGUUCAAGCAAUGGGGUUUCGUCAAAAAUAACACCAGGGACGAUGUCACCAAGAUGAUGCAGGUCCGGCGCCAUCGUGCUGCCAUCGGGAAACCAACAACGUUCGAAAGAAACGGCAAGGUCGUCAUGAUUGACAAGUAUCUCAGAAAGAACGGCAUUGUCUUGUGCGACAUGAGAACUUCUGCGUCUGAAAGUGAGCUCCCGAGGACGGUAAGAUGCCAUACGCCACCACCGGAAGCCAUGCCUACCUCUGGACCACUUCUACUCAAAGAGCUCUUGAUGAAAUGCCUGAGGGGCCUGACGCCAUCGUUUUCCUGCAUCAAGCGUUCCUUGGACGAAAAAUACUCUGCAACCACGGCGUUGUGGGACGCACCUCGGUAUUUGAAACUCGCCUGUGACUUGUUUUCCGAGAAACGGAACAAGCAGGCUGGAUCUAUAUGCAAUUCAGCAUUUAGCUCAGUGCACACCCUGGUCCACCCGCCGCGACUUGACACUCUCUUCAACUUCCUAUUUAGCCAGCUAUGGUGGGCCAACCGAGAUAUUACCCUUGAGCUAUGGCGAUACCUCGCUGCAUAUAUGUCGAAUGUUCUAAGAAUACAAAAUGAGGUGUACUACCUUCUCCGAAGUCUAAUCGAGCAUAUCGACACAUACGGUUACAAUUCCUACCUUGACUUCAUAACCGAGUGCAUCGACGACAUUCUGGUAUUGGCCAACCACGAUGACCGUAGGACGAUAUUUCGGAGCUCUCAGAGUCAGUUGAUUGGCUGGUGUCAACUCAUCGUCAUGGACUGUUACUUCAUAAACGGAUACAAUGUACGGGCCGAUCGAGUUCAGGCACGAUGCGCGCGUGCUCUUCCACGGAGUUGCUUUUUCCCACACGACAGGAAGAUCAACGAACAGCUCUGGCGAGAGGACUUCUCGCGGCAUACCGCAUCGUCUGAAAUCGCUCCAAAACGCAAUAGCUCAAGACACGAAAAGUUCCUGCGGCUAGCAUUCGAAAGUUACGCCAAAUUGUUGGGACGGUCCAAGUUUGGGACACCUGCUAUGCACCCAAGCCUGACGCGUAUAGAGAACGUCGUUGGUGGGUUGACCAGGAAGCAUCUCGAUCCAUCGGCCAUAUCAAGACAACAGCAGAGUUUCAACCUGGAAAGUCGAAUCCUAGCAUUCAUGACGCGAGAUCUGUCCCAGGGUGCGGUAAACAUGCCUUCCGAGUACGGAUCAUACCCAGUCUGAAGACAUCCAUCUCUGACUGUGACACGUGGAAGCGCUUCUGCGUAGUGCUGUGCUGGAGCCCUGUUUCCUUGAGCUAUAGGGAGCUUCAUUUUUAGACAAAAUUUCAGACCGGAUACCGGAUGCGGGGCCCGGUACACUGUUCAUCAUUACCACAAUGCAUAGAAGUCUGCGACUGCAUUCCCCCAAGGGUAGAUGCAGGUGAAUCCCCGACCGUGGCUCAGAUCGAACCUAUCAAACUCCAU